ACCAUGAACUACAUGGGGCAGCUGGCUGAGAGCGUCUUUGUCAGGGUGAAGGAGCUGUACCAGGAUCUGAACCCCGCCACCCUGUCGGGCUGCAUCGAUGUGGUCGUGGUGAGGCAGCCUGACAACUCCUUCAAGUGCUCCCCAUUUCACGUGCGCUUCGGGAAGCUGGGAGUGCUGCGCUCCAAGGAGAAGGUGGUUGACAUCGAAAUAAACGGAGAGCCUGUGGAUCUGCAAAUGAARCUGGGAGACAAUGGAGAGGCCUUCUUUGUCGAGGAGUCAGAGGAGCGUGAGGGCAGCAUCCCCUUCUUCCUCUGCACAUCUCCCAUCUACAAGGAGCAGCGCCCAAAGGAUGCUGUUCAGCUGGGACCAGAAGAUGCCAGUGCUGCAGGGGUGCUGCACAAGAAGAAGAGACRCAGGAGAAGGUCCAAGAGGAUGGAGGCAUUGGACUUUGAUUCUGACAGCUGUGAUGAGACCAACACUGAGAUGUCAAUGAAGGAACCAUGCAAGUUGCCAGCCCCAAGUGAUGCAGCAGGCUCAUCCUUUGCUCACCUCCUUGAAGAUACCGGGUCAUUGCAGCCCCAAGAGAUACACCCGCACUCCGAUGGGGAGCUGCUCACAGUGGACAGCUUCACACUGAGCCGUCCACCUACUCCCAGAAGUGAUUCUGAACUGGAGAUCAAACCACAGCAGAGUUUUUUUCUAGGGGCUGAAUCCUUCUUGAAGUGGACCUGGGGAAUGCUCCCUCGGGUGAAUAAGUUGGAGCGAGUUGAACCAGCCAAGUCCACAGAGAUCAGUGCUGCUGCAUCAACCAUCCUCUCUGCGACUCUGGUCCCAGUGGAUAAGACAACCCCUCUUGUUGCCAGCUCUGAAGGUCUGGGAGGGGAUUCAAGCCCAGCAGGACCUCAAGGCAUACCCUGUACCUCGGCUGUGUCUGUUACUGAGCCAACACUUACACCCCAGGCUGGGAACAGCUCCUCCAGGCUGAAGAACAUCCUCAGUGCUGUCAGGGCAAGGAGAUAUUUUGGAACCUACUCAGUGCCACAACAGAAACAGAAGGRAAAUAUGGGUGUUGUGCCAGAGGUUCAGAUAAAUGUGGAACCCUUUGAGGGGGCCACUGCUCCAAAUCAGGCAGGCUCAGAAGGCCCCAAGUUCCAGCUGGAGAARCAGAAGAGUCAAGGAUCCAUCAAAAAAAGUCUUAGCACGAGUCCCAGUGGCAUUCACCUGGAAGACGUCUCCAAGCUGGACAAGAAACAGGUGCCUCUCUAUUUCACCACGAGUGACACAGAGCCGAGUUUGAGGCCUGUGAGAAGCCCCAGCAGYCCUCUGUGUGUCCAGCUGCCAUCCMCCUUGCCUGCCAACUGUCCCAUGGACUCUGACUCGAUGCCCACGGUUGCCCUGUCACUGUGCGGGGGCCUCGRGGGCAACAGGAAGAUCUCUCAUGAGGAGUUCAUGAAGCACAUGGUUUCCUACCAGCAGUUUGCUGAGAAUCCAAAGCUYGUCAGUGACCCGAACCUGGUGAUAAUGAUCAACAAGAAAUAUUACAGCUGGGCAGUGGCUGGUCCCAUAGUCCUGUCCCUGCAGGCUUUCCAGAGGGACAUUCCUGAGAGCACCAUUGAUGAAUUGGUGAUGGAGAAGAGGCCCAAGAAAGGCAGAAGGUGGUGGUUCUCCUGCAAGAGGAAAUUCCCAAGAGAGAGGUCAAGGUCAGGGAAAGACAGCGUGGGAACAUUGCAGCCUGGCCUUACUCAGCAAAGGGAGGAGAAAAAGGAGUCAUGCAGCAGGGAGUCCCUGCAUCCUGGGGACAUGCUAGCAAUGGAGGCCCUUGCUCAGCAGAGGGAGGAGAAGGAGUCACCCRCUGACGAGUCCCUGCACCCAGGGGAGGCUUCUGCUCAGAAACCUCUGCCAACCUACAAGAAAUCCCUGCGGCUCUCCUCCGAACAAAUUGGAAGGUUGAAUCUGCAYGAUGGCCCCAACGAGGUGGCAUUCAGUGUGACAACUCAGUACCAGGGCACGUGCCGCUGUGAGGCCACAAUCUACCUGUGGAACUGGAAUGAAAAAGUGGUGAUAUCGGACAUUGAUGGCACCAUCACCAGGUCAGAUGCUCUUGGACACAUCUUACCACAGCUGGGUAAAGACUGGACUCAUCACGGGAUUGUUAAACUCUUCCACAAAAUCCACCUGAAYGGCUACAAGUUCCUCUACUGCUCGGCCAGGGCUAUUGGUAUGGCCCACAUCACCAAAGGCUUCCUCAAAUGGGUCAAUCAGCAAGGCUGUGGCCUCCCCAUGGGCCCCAUGCUGCUUUCCCCCAGUAGCCUCUUGUCUGCUUUCCACAGGGAGGUGAUUGAGAAGAAGCCAGAGGUGUUCAAGGUCACCUGCUUGACAGACAUCCGAAGCCUGUUUGCCACAACAUCUCCCUUCUAUGCAGGCUUUGGGAACAGGCCCAAUGAUGUCUAUGCUUACAAGCAAGUGGGGCUGCCGGACAGCCGCAUAUUCACGGUAAACCCCAAGGGAGAGCUGAUCCAGGAGCUCGCAAAGAACUACAAGUCAACAUUCGAGCGGCUGUCAGAGCUGGUGGAGGUCGUCUUCCCUCCUGUGGGACAGAGGAGGAGCACUGGUCUGGUGCCCCUCUCAGAGUACAGCCACUUCUCCUACUGAAGCCCUCCACCACCUGAUGUUGACUCAUAUGGCUUGCCCUAACCCCAACCCUGUGGAGACCUGACCCAGGGCUCUYCUCCCUGUUCUUUGCCAGGACUAAAUGCUCCAAAUGCAC